AUCAACAUUCUCAUCAUGACAUUACACCACAGAAUUUUAUAAAAAAAACGUUAUUCUGUCAUUAUUCUAACACACAAUAAUCAUGGCAGCUAAAAGUAAAAAAUUGAAAACUUUGCAUGAGUUUUUUAUGCCAAACACAUCAAAACGAAAUUCCGGUGACAAUGAUCCAGAUGAUCCAGUAACAUUAGAACAGUGUAGUCAAACAGUGGUAGAAUCCGAAAAAAUUACUGUACAUGAGCUGUUAGGUAUUUAUUUACAAUUAUUUUAAUAAUGUUUUAUUUAACUUAUGAAUUAAUAAUAUUCAUUUUAUUAAUUUAGGUGACAAUGAUCUAGAUGAUCCAGUAACAUUAGAACAGUGUAGUCAAACAGUUGUAGAAUCCGAAAAAAUUACUGUACAUGAGCUGUUAGGUAUUUAUUUACAAUUAUUUUAAUAAUGUAUUACCUAAUGUUUAUGUUCAGUUCUAGACUGUAUUUAUAGAUGCAUUGUCUCUAGUUAAAUAUUUAAUUUAUAACUUAUAAUAUAUUAUGUAAUAUGUAUAUCCUAAUUCCUAAUGAUUUUGUUUCAUAAAUGUCUUAUAUUGUGAAAUACCCUGUGGCCUGUAUGGCUGUAUAUUAACAUAUUAGUUAGUAGUAACUUAGUACCUGUCUAUUGUCUAAUAUGUAUUUAUUUAAUAACAUUGAUGUUAAAUGUUGUAAUUAAAUAUUUUGUAUAUAACUUAAAAAAAUUGUGUUGUUUAUUUUUUUUGUGUUGCUCUGUAAGAGUUAAUAUAAUAAAUAAAUUAUAGUUUAUAAGGUAUCUAUUAUUUAAUCAGUGAAAUUGCAAGACAUACAUUUUUUUUUGUAGGUGAGUAAUUUUUACGCUUGAGUUUUAAUAUGACUUUAACCUGACAUAUUUUUGCUUAUAGUAGGUAAGUUUUAUUUGAACUUUUAACAAAGUUUAAAAGUUUUAAUAAUGUUAAACUUUUUUUUGCAUUUAUCAUGAUGCAUUUCAAAUUUCAAUAUCAUUACCUAACAUAGUAACAUGUACAUAUUUAUCAAAAUGAAAUAAAGUAAACAUUUUUAUAAGUACCUAGUACCUACCUAUUUGUGUUGCUGUCUUUUAUUUAGCAUAGUAUAUUUGACAAGGAUGUUGCAUGAUUGUAUUAUAUUAGGUACAUAUAAAUUAACAAGUAUUUUACUUUUCAUCUUUUUCUAUUUUAAUAUAAUAAUACAGUAUUCUGUAUCUUUAAAUAAUUAUUAGACUCAGUAUGUGACCAUUAUGAUUGUGACCCUGAAGAUCCAGCGAAUACAGAUAAUACAGCACCAACUUAUCGAUUAGAGCGAAAACAGAGAAUACAUAAAGGGCCAUUCCAGCCAAAAUUAAAAAUGUAUCCCAGGACACAAUUCGGUAAUAGAGCUCGAAGUUUCCAAAGCGCCUGGUAUGAUGAUUUUAGCUGGCUAGAAUAUAGUUUGAAACUUGAUAGAGCAUUUUGUUUUGUGUGCCGAAUGUUUAACACAGCUUCUGGGUUAAAUGUUGGGCAGAUAGAUUUAGCUUUUACAAAAAAAGGUUUUCAAAAUUGGAGUUCUGCUACUACAAAAUUUAAAAAACACCAAAAUUCAAAAACCCAUAAUUUCACCAUGACAGCGUAUCACAAUUUUUUGAGUUCAAAACCAAUUGACGUCACCUUGGAUGAAUCUAGAGAGCUGGCCAUAAGUGAAAGAGAAAAACAGAGGUUAUACAAUCGAAGCAUCCUGCAUAGAUUGAUAGACAUAACAUUGUGUUUAGCUAAAAGUGGCAAACCAUUUCGUGGACACUUUGAAAAUGAUUCCCAUGUGUGUAAAGGUUUAUUUUUAGAUAUUGUGGACAUAUUGAAAAAAUAUGAUUCAACAUUACAAACACAUUUACAAAAAGGGCCACAAAAUGCCAAGUAUAUAAGCAAUCAUAUACAAAAUGAUUUAUUGGCUUCUAUUAAUAAUGUAAUGAAACGUUGUAUUGAAAAAAAAGUAAGUAACCGUCUUGUUACGAUAAUGGCUGAUGAGACUAGCGAUGUGGGACAUCACGAACAGAUGUCUGUGGUUAUACGCUACUUUGAUGACGAAGCAUGUAAACCUGUUGAACAGUUUAUUGGCAUCCAACGUUUGACUGCAGUAGAUGCCAAUACUAUAUUUAAUAGUUUAUCAAACAAAAUUGCUCAGUUUAAUAUUAAUUGGAAAUCAGUCAUAGCUGUAUGUUUUGAUGGAGCCUCAGCUAUGUCUGGAAAAUUUAACAGUGUACAGGCCAAAGUCAAGGAAAUUAAUCCAUGCGCAUUGUAUGUUCACUGUUAUGGCCAUUGCUUAAAUUUAACCUUGGUUGAUAGCUUAGGGAAUAAGAACCGGAUUAUAUUUGAUUUUUUUGGCUGUGUUCAACUUAUAUACAGUUUCAUUGAAGGAAGUCCAACGAGGCACGCUGUUUUUGAAAAAAUUGUUCAAGAAACAAAUUCUAAAUUGAAAACUCUUAAGACGCUUUCAACAACCAGAUGGGCAUGUCGUGCUGAGGCUGUCACAGCUGUUGAAAAUAACUAUUCAUCUGUUAUUCAGUGUCUUCAAGAAAUUGCCAAUAACACUAAAUAUUCAGAGGUAAGAGCAAAAGCUAAUGGUAUUCUUUAUCAAAUGAAGAGUUUCAAUUUUAUUUUUGCACUUUAUAUGUUGAAACCUAUUUUAAUUCAAAUUCAAAUUGUCAGUGCUCAGUUACAAGCUCCCAACUUGGAUUUAUUGGGAGCAGUAUCUAUUGUUAAUGCUUUAAAAAAAUCUUUAGGUGAGUUAAGAAACAACGAUGAUAAAUAUUCUACACUUUAUGAUAAUGUUCUUAAAGUUUGUAGUGAAUUUGAAAUUGAUAUACCAUGUGUCAAAAAUAGAAAGGUUUCUACAAAAAUAGAAAAUAACAAAACACAGCAUACACACAUAGAUAAAAAAAGUGAAAUGAAAUACUGUGUAUUCUUUACUGUGUUAGAUGAUAUGUGCAACGGUCUUGAAAAUCGUUUCAACCAGGAAACUUUAAAUAUUAUUAGUUCAAUAGGCCGCUUAAUACAACUGAAAGCUGAACAGUUUGAUAUUGAUUUGCUAUCUCAAACAUUUUCACUCAAUAAUGAUGAAUUAGAAGGCGAGCAAAGUCUUCUACGUUCCAUGCCAGAUUUUAUACCAGGCACAUCAACUAAAACAAUUUAUCAAUGGUUGGAAAACUUAUCAACAAGUCAAAACUUUUUAAACAUUCAUAAGGCAUUGAAACUUUUUGUAACAAUUCCAGUUACCAGCUGCUCAUGCGAAAGAGCUUUUUCUAAACUCAGUUUGGUAAAAACGAAAUUAAGAAGCCGUAUGAAGCAGGAGAGAUUAGAUGAUAUGAUGAUGAUUUUCAUUGAACAAGAAUUAGCAUCGCAGAUAAAUCCCGAAGAUGUAAUUGACGAGUUUAAGAAUCUGCAUCCUUUUGAGAGAAGAUUAGAACUCUAA